AUGCCCAAGCUUCGCUCAGGUCCUCGCAGACACCUCGGACCCAUGGAGGUGCCCAACGCCAAGCUCCACAGGGCCUGCUGCCUCCUGGUCCUGGCCCUGCUCUGCUCCCUGGCUGCGGCCCGGCAGAGCGUGCCCACGUGCUGCCGCCAGAAGACCUGCCCCUGCCGUGUCUACGACCUGCUGCACGGCUUGGGCAACCACGCCGCCGGCAUCCUCACGCUGGGCAAGAGGAAGAGCGGCUCGGGGGCCUUCCAGAGCCAGCUCUACCGCCUGUUGCACGGCUCGGGCAAGCACGCCGCCGGCAUCCUCACCAUGGGCAAGCGGGCGGAGCUGGCGCCAGAGCAGCCAGCCUCGGCCUGCCGGGCCGUCUCCCCCCGCCCCUCCAGCACGGACACCCUGCUGCCCCCAGCCAUGUGUGCGGCCAGCACCAGGGAGUGCCGGGGCCAGCUGGACAAGGACUCUGCCAAGGGCCAGAGCGGGGCGGCUGCAAAGAGCUUUUCCUGA